AUGGACCAGGUGGACGUGCCGGGAGAGCUCCAGCCCCUGCAGUCUGGAUCGGUUCCCGUUAAACACAGCUCCUCUGCCGUGGAUCUGGUGGCUUUAAUCCAGCCGAUCUGCCAGCUGUGGGAGAAACUGUCCUGGCCCGACCCCGAGGAGGCCUUCAUGCUCAUGGUCAAAAUCACUGAGGAUGUGUGUAAGAUCGUGGUGAAUUACUGCAACUUACUGAAGGAGAGAGUCAGGGAGCUGUCGGAGAACUCAGACCACGGCAGCGCCAUCAACAUGUUGUGUGUGGUGGUGAACGACCUUGAGCACCUACGCUCGGUUCUGACCCGUCUUCCCACGCAGCUGAACUGGGCCGGGCUUCGGGAUCGAACCCAGCAUGUGAUCGGAGAGAACCAGUUUCACAACACGCUGCCCGCCCAGCUGCAGCAAGCCAAGAGCAUCCUGGGGCGAGAGAUACGGUCCGCUUUAGACACUCUGGGGAAGCAGUUAAACACAGAUAUUGAGACGCAUGUCCGAAACAUGUCCACCAGGAAGAGGAUUCCCUCCAAGUCCACGGAGGAUGCUGCAGACCCUCUGAUGCGCUACCUGGAGCAGGAGCUGCAUUAUAUGAAUGAAAACCUGGUUCAAGAGAACUUCAACAGUCCGAACAGGACUGGGAUGGUCUACGAGGUACCUGCGACUCCUGCUGGUCUCCACUCGACUCCAGUGAAGGAGGAGUUUAGGACGGCUUUCCGUUUUGAGAAAGAAGCUAUUCCACAGGACUAG